UGUCAGUGUGAUCAGUUUCUUUUACUUCCUCCUUUUGGAGAGGCUGAGCUGAAUACCAGAGCACAGGAUAUGCUUCACUCUGCCCCCAGUUUCACAGCAGCAGCAGCAGCAGCAGCGGCAGCAGCGGCAGAGGCGAGCUGUGAGGACGACACGCUCUGCAGUCAAGAUGAGUGCCGGGGAUGUGGUCUGCACCGGCUGGCUCAUUAAAUCCCCCCCGGAGAAAAAGCUGAAGAGAUUUGCAUGGCGAAAGCGCUGGUUUGUGCUCCGAAGAGGUCGCAUGAGUGGCAAUCCCGAUGUGCUGGAAUACUACCAAAGCAAGAACUCCAAAAAGCCGAUCCGGACCAUCGACCUGAAGGAGUGUGAGGUGGAGAUGCCAGACGGGCAGCUGCGGAUCAAGAGGGACUUCCACGGGAAGCACCUGUUCGUGGUGAAAACCUCAUCACGGAUUUUUUACCUGCUCGCCAAAACAGAGGAGGAGAUGCACAUCUGGAUCAAAAACAUUGACCAGAUUUGCCAUUUCAGGAGCCUGGAGGAGGCAGAGAGCUCAGAAGAAGGAUCUCUGCUCACCCCCAUCUCCAUUCAGCCAUCACCCGACAGCUCUGACAGAGCAUCCGUAGCGAGCCAGCCUGAGUCCAGCCCUCCGCAGGACUACCUCUUCCUCUCACAGUGCAAGACAGGAAGUGUGAGCAUCAACGGAUGUGACAGCUUCUCAAACUCAGACAUUUCCCUGGAGCAGAAGUCGUUGGACGACACUAUCAGAGAUCUGUGGACUGAAUCCUCCUCUUCCUCCAUCUCCCACCUGAGCCAGUCUCCUUGUGGCCACAGGAGAGUGCCCAACUCCCCCUUCAGUGCUCCCUGCUCCUUCUCAGUGCUCCCGUCCCCUACUUCGUCCCCGUUACGUCCUUGCAUCACAGAUGUCUUCCAGUUUGACAGACCCUUUUCUUCCACCUCAUUUGAGGCAGCAGGAGAUUUGCAGACACCUCCACCGCUGCCCCCCAAACCAUGUCACCUGUCGGAGCAGCAGAGUGAUGGAGGCGCUCCAAGGUUGAGGACAACCAGCCUCCAACAGUUCCCGGGCAACAUUCCCUUGUUUUGCAGACGGACUUCCCUGUCAAGCUUGGACCAUUUAAGAAUGGGCAAUGUGGAGAAGAGAUUCUUCAGAGACAGAAGGCAAAGUGUUAAUCUGCCUUGUCUGAGCGACACACAUGUUCAAAGCUACCAGGAUGAGUCAUAUGUCCCCAUGAAUUCCCCUUCUGCUCCAACUACUGAAUGUGAUGGUUACAUCCCCAUGAGCCCAAGGACACUCAGCUUCCUUGGUGCAAACUGCAGUGUGGAGUCUUCCCCUUCUCUCAGUUCCCUCACAUGUCAGCCGGCAGAGUUUGUUCCACCUCCAGUUCACCGGCACCUCAAGCCCCGCCCCAGGAAAGUUCGACCUCCACCCCUGGACCUAACAGGCCUGUCUACAAUCACAGAAUGUCCGACUCAUCUUCCCCUCAGCAGAACAAAGACCCAGCCAUGCUUUUCGGUGAAUCACUCGUCGUUUGACUACAGACUUGAAAACGGGGAAACUUCAAGAGAUGAGCCGGUGAACCGCUCUGCAAUGGAAUCAAGGCAAUCGUUCUGCCUCCCCUUUGAUGGAGCAAGUCAAUUCUGCAUGAGUUCACCCUCUCGACUUGAUUACCUGUCACUGGACUUUAAUUCUGCAACUCCUUCACCUGUGCAGAAGAAGCCAUUUCUAUCUGAUGAAUACCGAGUGGACUACGUUCAGGUGGACGAGAAGAAGACCCAGGCUCUUCAAAACACCAAGAUGGAAUGGACAGAUAACCGGCUUUCAAAAACAUGAAUGGAGUAUCCAGCAAAUAUCCAGCCGGGUGGACAUUAAUGAAGACAGAAUAGCACUUUGAAAAAAGCUGUAAAAAUGAAUUGGAAGCACACUUUUGCUCUCAAUCCACGUGGAGAUGCAAAAAUUGCACUGUGUAAAUGAACUUUACAGAAAAGGAAAUGUGCAUACUACCUGAUGAGGCACUAUUCACUGUGAUUUUUUUCUGGUAGCAAAAGUUUCAACAGAGUUAAAAAAAGGACCAAUAUGCUGUAACUUAUGUACAUGUAAAAUUUGUAAAUAAAAUCCACUAUGUAGUUAUAAAGCUUUUCAAAAAGGAA